ACAUGAAGAGGGGGAGUUAGCUGUGCAGGGCUCUGGAGGAAUUACAGUUUGUAAUCACUGUGAGGCUGAAUCUGCAAUGGCAUUUGUAACGGAAGAACAGAUCCAACAGUUCCAUGAAGAUGGUUUCCUUGUUUUGGAAGAGUUUUUCACCACAGAAGAAUGUGAUGCCAUGAGGGAGCAAAUACACAAGAUUAUAGCCAAGAUGGAUGUGCCACCCCACUGCCGUACAGAGUUCUCCACCAGCGAAGAGGAACAGCUCAAGGCACAGGGCAGUGCAGAUUAUUUUCUAACCAGCGGAGACAAGAUCAGAUUCUUCUUUGAGAAAGGAGUUUUUGAUGAAAAAGGUGACUUUUUGGUUCCAAAAGAGAAAUCUAUAAACAAGAUUGGCCAUGGUAUGUAUUCUUAUGAUCCCAUCUUCAAGCAAAUCACUCACUCCUCCAAAGUGCAGGAGGUGGGAAGAAAACUGGCCCUUGAGAAACCAGUGGUUGUCCAGAGCAUGUAUAUCUUUAAGCAACCUAGCAUUGGUGGUGAAGUGAGACCACACCAGGAUGCCACAUUUCUGUACACAGAGCCGCUGGGCAGGGUUCUGGGCCUCUGGAUAGCUCUGGAGAACGCCACACAGGAGAACGGCUGUCUAUGGUUCAUCCCUGGCUCUCACACCAAUGGCAUCACACGUAGAAUGGUCCGAGCCCCGCCAGGAACCAUACCAUGCACACAGUUCGUCGGCUCUGAACGGACUUAUCAAGAUAGCCAGUUUAUUCCUGUGCCCAUCUGCAAAGGUGGCCUCAUUCUCAUCCAUGGAGAAGUUGUCCACAAGAGUGAGUUGAACAGCUCAGAGAGGUCCCGCCAUGUGUACACUUUCCAUCUGAUGGAGGCCAAAGACACCAGCUGGAGCAAAGAGAACUGGCUUCAGCCAACUCCUGAAUUGCCUUUUCCACCUCUCUACACCUGAAGCUAAUGUUAGCCAUUGGAGUCAAAUGGUUGAUUGGUGAGUAGAUUCCAUUCACCUUUCUCAGCCACCUGCUGCUGUUCUCUUCAGAUACAACUUCACCCCCCACUUUCAUUUCCCAAUAUUCAUUUUGUCCUCUGUGCAGAAGGAGUAGCUUCAGCCUGUAUGCAUGACAGAAGAAUCUUUACCCAUCCCCAUCCAGCGCUGGCCUUACUCAGAGCAUCUGUGCUACGUGUACACUACUCAUAGUGAGAACAGUCACCUAAAACCACUUUUGAUAGGUAAAUCUCUUUAGUCAUAUGAACUGACUAGUAAGAGACCAUUGUACCUUAACUUUGGGACCCACUGAGAGGCACCUCCUUUUCAGGAUACUCAAAAUCUCAGUAUUUUCCCCUUGUACAACCCAAAUCAAGAAAAUUUAUAUUAUGUUUAUUCCAUCUCUGUUGUAUUACCCUCAUGUUCAUUCCAUCUCUGUUGUAUUACCCUCAUGUUCACAGAGUCUUUUGGAGGUUAUGCAGAGGGGUUUUAACAAACAAGUUAAAACCUACCCUGGUGCAAUUGCAAUGGAUUAAAAGAGAAGUCUAGAAUGGGCAGAUCAAAGCAGGGAGCCUACAAUUCUUAUUUUUCCUUUUAAAACGCUAAGAAGAGUUACUGGGGAGUGGUAUGUGAGGAGAUAAGACAAUCCCUGGACUUGUAAACCUUUACUGAAUACAUUUUCAAGGAGAACUGAGUAACUUUUGAUGCAUAUUGAAGUUGGAAUAUCAAGAAUAAAAAUAAACACAAACACAUUUCUCUGUUGUUUGAAGAUGACAGUCCUGAAACCUCCAAAAAGUGUUAGACCACAAUACAUAAGGGUAAAGACAUACAGCGGUUAUGCCUUUAACUCCCAACAUGCAGAACAGAUGCUAGCAAAGAGCACAUAACAAUGUAACCCUUCUAGGAAGUAUCAUAUAUGGGCUGUAUUACAUCAAUCUGAAUAUUCUAAAUAAAACUAAUUUAAACAAAGUGACAAAGUCCAUUUUAUGUUCCUACGUACCCUUCUAGUACUUUCACUGAAUAGUCAAACUAAUUUUUUUUAGCAAAUCUAUAAGAGUUACUAAAUGAAGAGAGAGAGGACUUUUCUUCACAGUUUCAGUUCUGGUGGAAUAUAUUUUAUAACAUAAUGAAGGAUGCAGUUAUGUUUUUUUUUUAAUAUAUACAGAGAGAACAGCUACUCUUUGAAGUAUCCAUACAUAAGACUGGAAAUAUGCUUCAUAAAUUUUCACUCACCAGUAUAUUAUAUAAUUGACAUACCCACAAAAGCCAACUUCAUAGCUUAUUACAGGGAUGCUCAAGUAAUUUAGUUCAUAGUUAUUGAAUUCAUUGUGACAGAGAACAAUAAUACUUCACACUUAUCCAGUACUUUCGCACCACAGAUCUGAAUGCUUUACAGACACUAAAUAAUGAAUCUUUACAACACUCCUUGGAGGUAUUAUCCUAGUUUUACGGAUGGGUAAAUUGAGGCACAAAGCGGGAGUAGGUCUGAUUGUGGAGCCCUUACUCAUGGGAGCAGUCCCAAUUACUUGAGUAAGUGCUCACUAACAUGUACAAGGGCUUCACUAUUUAGCUUUAAGUGACUUACCCCAGAUCACACAGCAGACUUGGGAACAAAACCCCUGGAGUCCUGAUUCUCAUGCUCUACCCUCUAAACAAUAUUCCCUCCUAUUUAUUAUCCUUUGAAUGCAUAACAUCAGUUUCAUAUUUUAAAGCUGAGCUAUCAAACACUGAGACAAUAGAAGCAAUGUGCAGACUAGAGGAAGGCGGGAUUGGAAUGUGGACAAAACUGUAGUGCGCAACAUUAUCAAUGGGAUUAUGUAGGCAGCAGGAGCUCUAGAAACAUAUAUGCAAAUAUAACAAAAACAGGAAAAAAGAUUGAGUAGCAAUGGUAAAUUUUAAUAAUUAGUCUCCAUGGGUGAAUUUUGUGUUCAGAGAAAUUGCAAGAGUAUAUAUUGUGGAUCAGUUUAAACCCUUAACAUCACGGGUUUUAAUUGCUAAAAUUAAUGCACAGAGCCCAGCAAUAUCUUCAGCAUUUCAACUUGAUUUAAAAGUUUUAAAGUCAUCUGUAGAAAUUAAUGUUAACCCUUUAUCUUAAAUGAAAACUAGAUGUUUUGCUUAUUUUAAAUAGCAUUAGCAUUACCAUUUCCAGUUGGUGAAACCCAUCUACCUUAAAAAAAAAAAAAAAAAAGGGGAGACAGCUGUACCUGACUAUAUGGGGUCUCUGUGCAAAAUAUAUACAUCUCUGGACUGAUAUUUAAUAUACUUGGGAAAAUACACAGAAGAACUUUAGAUAGUUUCUAAGAGGUCACUUGAAUAGAAUAAUCUGCCAACAGAACAGACACCCUCAAUGGUGUUCAUAGACUACAUGAAAACAAAAUAGUGCAGAUGAUUUUGCAUUGUUGCAGGAGGAAUGGACUGAAUGACCCAAGAGAUCCUGUUGUCUCAGGCUCUGUAUCAGAUUAAAGCAGGUUAAAAAUAGAUUUCUGCAACACAUGGCUCCAACCAUUAUUGCUACAUUAUUUUUUCUAAGCAUGAUGCCUACCUCUGAUAUUUGUCUCAAAUACCCGUUGGAAUGAAGAAAUAGAUUAAAUUCUUGAGUUUAUUUAUGGUAAAAAAACUGCUCUUACAUAAUGGCUGGGACUUUGCUGGGUGGAACAAGAGUGCCAGUUUUAAACUGAGCAGCUAAAACAGGUUCUGUGGGUCAAACAGGAUUUUUUGAUGCAUUUGAAAUCACUGCAGUAGCAGGAAUGAAUAGGCUGGGUAGGGAUAACAGUGGUAAUCUUGCUCAGAUUCACCAACACUUCUCUUAGAA